CGUUUGAUUAUUUUAGAAAGAGUAUAUAUCUCAAAAUCAUAUAGUAUUCACGUACUUCCCUUUGUGAAUGUGGCGAUUGCGCACUGUGCACACUGGUGCGCUUUUUGGGGUUGGAAGACAGACAGGCAGCCAGAGAGACAGCGAGAGAGAUAGAAAGAGAGAGGGGUUUCUCAUACACAGACAUUGCAUUGCAUUGAUGUCUUGGAUGUACUCUGAUUGAGUAGCCUAGUUAAGCGUUUGGGGAAACUAUAAGAAGGCAGAAGCCAUGAAGAAACAACUCCACCAAAUACCCUAAAUACACCAUCAAGGAAUAAUGUCGAUGUAUAACGGGACUGGAGAAACGGGCGGAAAGGACUACACCUAUGUACGGGUUUGUGCGUCGACCAUCGCCUUCAUAACAUUGGCAUUCUUCAACAUCGUCAUUAACUGGACUAUACUGCGCGAGGAUCGACUUCGGGGCCAUGCGCGCUUUGUGUUGGUUUUUCACCUGUUGGUGUCCGCUCUGGUGUACUUCGGAAUGUGUUCUGUUUUCUACCUCCAGAUCUACUUCGACGCCAAGCCGGUGGCAUCCAUAUGCGUGGCCAUGAUAACCGUCCUAAUCACCAGCGCGUCCAAUAUCCUUCUGACUCUCACUGCUAUGUCGCUGGACCGUUAUUUUGCUGUCUGCCAUCCUCUGUGGUACAGUUCUGUCUGGCAAUGGCCUUGGCUAGUUGGGCUACUGACAUGGGGACUCGCACUGGUUAUCCCCCUCACUCUGCUCUCCAAGACUGAGAUGCUCGGCAGUGAUACACAUGUGGAAUGUGGAAGGGAACAGCUGAAGAAAGGUGGCCUGGAAAAAAUAUUGUUGAUAUCUGUGUGCACGGCGCUCAUUCUGUACAGUUAUGUAAGGAUACUGUUUGAGGGGCGACGGUUGGGAGUGAUGAAUCGACGCAACAUGGUCGGAUGCAAGACCCUCGCCCUGCACGGUACUCAACUAGCCGUAUACAUCCUCCCCAACUUCAUGAACUUUGUGCUAACAGUUCUCCAGAAACAAGGACACAUUCAGCCGGGGACCAAAGAACUGUCUGCGGUGGUUAGUUUCGCCUUCUUCAGCUUGGCGCAGUGCGUCGCACCAAUCGUCUACGGGUUGCGUAAAGAGGAACUCAUGGAGCAGGUGCAUCGCCGAUUCCCUUGUUGUUCCUGCCACCUGAAAACCGUCCUGGGCCCGGUUUCCCAAAAUCAUCUCAAGGCUAAUUUCAUAUUAGAGCCCAAAAGCCUAGGUUCUAACGAUGAAUUUAGCCUUAAUAUGCUUUUGAGAAACCGGGCCCUGGAGUGGACCUGGCGUGCCAUAACGCCUUGUCUGCAUUCCCAGUCAAGUGAAAGAAGACUGACGUUCCAGACACUCAUCUCACUGGAGCCCCCACAGACCCCAGUUUGAGGGGACGCCGGGAGCUAAGAAGCCACCAUUCCAGACACUCAUCUCACUGGAGCCCCCACAGACCCCAGUUUGAGGGGACGCCACUGGGAGCUAAGAAGCCACCGUUCCAGACACUCAUCUCACUGGAGCCCCCACAGACCCCAG